AUGUUUUCCUCUACAGCUGCUUUAGCUCGUGCACCUGGAACCAUUGGUAUGGAACGCCGCAAUAAGCCGAACACCGGUUCGACGAGCAGUCCUGUGAUUGAUUUCACGGAUGGCUGGCCACCAUCAAGCGUACCACCGGAACCAAGCAGUCCUUCACCGACAGCUGACUUCCAGAGCAAGAAAAAUUCGGUGGACAACAAUAACAGUUUAUCAUCGUACUAUAAUUGGCCGCCAAGCUCAAAUCCACUACCGGAAGCACGUGUCACAACCGCUGCUGCUGCACUGCCCCUUGCACAUGCCCCAGUUGCUGGAUUAGCUGCCACAAAACAACUACCGAUCACAACCAGCAGUUUUCUAAUGCCACGUCCGGUUAACUCAUGGAUGGCACAAGCAGCAGCGGCCCUUCCUGGUGCAGUCGCUCCUCUUGCAGCAGGUAACGCUUUUCCGUUGAGUGCAGCAGCGCGACAACGUCUGGAAACACUGCUGGAUCCGACGCUACGCUUUAUUUCGCAGCAGCUCGAUAAUCCUUCGCUGGCAACAUUGCCGCCGGCUCUCAGCCAAACAAUACCGGCUCUUGGCCGUCAAUCACAACUUGCCUCACCACUUGACGCUAUUCGUCCGAUUGGUGCUCCUGGAAUUUUGGGUGAACAUCACUACGUCUCUGCUGUAAGUUCUCUGUGCUCGAUAAUCAUCGUAAUUGUGCUAAAAAUGCACUACUUACCAAGCGCUGUGUAUAAGGGAUCGAGGCAAUCGGAAGUAUUCCAAGGUGGCAAGCACUGA